AUGGGUCUAGUCAAAGAUUCAGCUUCAGGAAACGACCAGGUUCUAUCACCUGGCCAGAUUGAGGCCCGGAUUGCCAAUGGCCAGUCCAUAGUCAUAAUCGACCAGAAGGUACUUCGUGUUGACACAUGGCUCCCCUAUCACCCGGGCGGGUUUAAGCCCAUUCAACAUUUUAUUGGCAAGGAUGCGACAGAUGAGUUCAUAGUGAUGCAUUCAGCCGAAACUCGCCGGUUGAUCGACCGCUACAAGAUUGGGAGGAUUGAAGGCCCUUGGAACAACCUCGUCCCUCCCAUCCAGGGAGGCCAUGAAGACUCUAAUUGGGAAGAGAAAGAGAAGAAGACACCUCCAAUUGACGGCUCGAACUCGAAUCAUAUCCCCGAAGAGCAAGACCUGGCCUUUUUGAACGCCCAAACCAAGAAGGAAAUUAGCUUGACCCUUGAUCGGUAUCCCUCCCUCGACGCACCCACACAGUCCAAUAUCAUCGAGAGAUACCGUCUUCUGCACGAGCAGGUUCACUCAGAGGGCCUCUAUGAAUGUCGCUAUACCGCUUAUCUCUGGGAACUCGGCCGCUGCGGCCUUCUCUUUGCCCAAAUGCUCUUCUUCCUACACAUCAAAUGGUACUGCACCAGUGCCGUCUUUCUCGGAUGGUUCUGGUCGCAAAUGGUCUUUUCAGCCCAUGACGCAGGCCACAUGGCCAUCACACACGACUUUUUCAUCGACAACCUCAUCGGGAUGAUCAUCGCCGCCCCGAUCGGCGGACUCUCAUUGGGAUGGUGGAAGCGCACACACAACGUCCAUCACCUCGUCACCAACUCGCCCGAACAUGACCCAGACAACCAACACCUUCCAUUCCUGGCUGUCAACCACCGCUUUCUAGGGAGUCUCUUCUCCACCUACCACGAGCGCCUGAUGCCUUACACGGCCCUCGCUAAGCGGCUCGUCCCUUACCAGGCCUACCUCUACUACCCCAUCCUGAUGCUGGGUCGCUUCAACCUGUACGUUCAAUCAUGGCUGUUCCUCGCGUAUGGCCAAGGUCCACGCAAGGGCCCAGCAUGGUGGCACCGCUACUUCGAGAUUGCAGGCAACAUCGUCUUCUGGGCUUGGUUCGGGUACGGGAUCGUCUACCGGUCAUUGCCCACAGCAGGGACUCGGAUCCUGUAUGUGCUGAUCAGCCAUGCGGUGACCAUGCCGUUGCAUGUGCAGUUCACGCUCUCGCACUUUGCCAUGUCGACUGCAGAUCUGGGCCCCGGCGAGUCGUUCCCGCAGCGGAUGCUGCGCACGACAAUGGACGUGGAUUGUCCGGAGUGGUUGGACUGGGUGCAUGGCGGACUACAGUUCCAGGCUAUCCAUCAUCUGUUUCCGCGGGUGCCGAGGCAUAAUCUGCGGCGGGUGCAGAAGUUGGUUUUGACCUUUUGCCGUGAUGUGGGGAUUCCGUAUGCCUUGUAUGGGUUUGUCGGCGGCAAUCAGAAGGUGGUGGGCAGUUUGGCCGAGGUGGGGAGACAAGCGGCGAUAUUGGAUGAAUGUAGGAGGGUCGUGGCUGGUAGAAUUGGCUGA